AUGGCGAUCCAGAUGACGGAGGAGCAGCUCCUUCGCUUGCUCAGUGCGACACGGCGCAUGGACGCACCCGCCGCAACCCCGCAAGGAAGUUUCGCCCGCUGCACGGCGAGAUAUGACGGAGCACGCUGCAGACAACGACUCGAGGAGUUCGUAGCCACCGCCUCGAUAUUCAAGGAUAUCGAAAGCAUCACAGACGCCAACGCGGUGAAGGGACUCCCGCUCCUCCUCGAAGGAGAAGCCGCCAUCUGGUGGCAAGGCGUAAAAACGAACCACGCAACAUGGCGCCAGGCCAUGGACGCCCUACAGCAGCAAUACGCACCACGUCGAUCGGCUCCUACAAUAUAUGCCGAACUAUUUGCAACCAAACAGGAUGGCCGCGUCUCCACAGACGCCUUCCUAGCGGGGAAAAGGGCCCUGCUGGCCUAG